AUGUUCGGGGUGCGCCCAAAGAAGAACGAGAAGCCGGGUGCUCAUUUGCCAUUCACCCACAACGCCCUAGAGGCUGUCAGAACGUACGUGAAUGUGACCUGCAAGGGGAAGGGAGUGCACCCCAGACUGAUCGCCAACUUUGAUCAAGUCUGGUGCACAUUGCACCGCCCUGCCAAAUCAGUGCGGCAAAAGGAUCCCACUUGGAGAGGCUUGACAAAGGACCCAAUGGCCAGAUCGCUCCAAAUGCGACGUGUGAGGCACCACCUUGAGAAUGCCUUGAACUUGAGGUUCACAGAGCCCAAUCCAGACUGCAAGGAUGCUCAUCAAAGGUCUUCCAUGCCCGAGGUCAGUGGAGGUGCCACGGCUACAGCGCCAGUGGAUGCUUGGAGAACACCGAGAACACUAACAACGCUGAGCUUUAUUGACGGCUAUGUUGCACGCGGCUACAUCACAGUGAAGGCCGGAGGCAUCAGUGAGGCCAACAGAGAGCUUUUGAACCAAUCCCUCAGCAAGUAUCUCUACAUCGAGGAUCCACAAGAAGGAACUCACAUUUGGAACGAGAAGUCCCUGAUUCGCUACCUCAGUUUCCUGGCCGAGGAGGUUCGAGCAAGGAGGAAGUCUCUUGGGCUAACGGCCAGACACCGUGCUUUGGUGAUGCUAGAUCAAGCAGCUGCGCACAUGUCAUCUAGCGGCUUUGGGGCAGUUGCUGGCCCCAAUGAUGGUUGGCACCAAGCCUAUCACAGUCUAGAAGGGGAAAAGAGCUUCCUUUGGGCGAUUCAGAAGGGAGAUGACACUACAACACGGAUGAUCCUCCCCUCUUGGAUGGCAGAUGUCUUGCAGAUGAGGGUUUGCAAAUUUGUCACUGAACACGACCAGUGGCAGGGGAGGAUGGCGAAACGGGGAGCUAUGGGAAAAGAGCUUACAGCUAGCCAGAAGAAAAAGUUUGAUCAGUGGAGCCUCGACCUCAAGCAGAAGGUGAUCUUCAACAAGAGCAAGAAGAGAGUCGUGCUGCAGGCAUCAGAGGUUACCAAAGAUUGCAUUUGUGUCCAGCUGCACCUAUCAGAGGAUCCUGAGAAGCUUCUCCUCUGCGCCAGCAGUGGGGCACCCUAUCGACUAGUCUUGCUGAAGAGUGAGGGGAGAGCUGAAAGCAAGACUGUUCCUUCCGAGCUUGACCAUGCUGUGCCACCAGAUGCAUUGCAAGAACUUCGGGAUGAAGCUGGCAAUGCAAGUGAACAGUCAGAUGAGGAGGAGAACGCGGAGAUGGAAGACCUUAAACUUCGAGAGCUGGAAAAUGAAGCUUACUGCAAUGAAUUUGGAGUGAGUGAUCCUGAUGACUUGCUUGUCAUGGCUGACUCUGACGAGGAGGACGUCGAUGUGUCUUGGGCUGGAGAGGGGGCUAAGAAGACCAAGACCUUCAUGUUCCGUCCUGCAUGGGUCAAGGCGGAAUCCUUGGGACUGACGCAGCUGCCGCGCCAUAUUCAGGGAUGCUCCAUAGCUUGUCAUGGUACAGGUAGGCAAUGGCAAGGCCAUUACCCGCUGGCGAGAGUUGGCUUAUCCUCAAAUUGGGGCGGCUCUACGGGCCGCUCUGAGUGUGAGGCUUUGGUCAAGGCCAUCCGCGGUGUCUUGGAGGCCCACGUAGCGGCCUACCCACGGGACAGGCUCUGGCUGCAGCAGUUGCAGCGUGUCAAAGAUGCGCAGGCAACACAGAACUUGGCAUAG